AUGACAAGGAUGAGUAACGGGAAGUCGUACCGUGAACAAGCAGCCCCAUACCGGAGACCAAUCUCGACCAGAACGAACGAGAAGAUGUCGAUGUUUGGUCGAAUUAAAAAAAGUCUCUUUGGAGGAAAUGCUAGCAACAACAACAACAACAACAAUAAGGAUGAAUCUUUAAAACCACGAGGUUCAACCACUGGAAACAAACGUGUGAUGAGUUCAUCUAGUAUACCGGGGGGAUUUUUCAAUGCGGACGCUAGUAAUAUAUCGAUUGUUCCACAACCUAGUGAAAAUAAUAUUACAAUGAAUGAUACUAAUUUGGCAGAUAUAUCUGUAUCAUCAAAUGCUAAAUUAGCUAGUUUUUUCGCAAGUAAAGGUGAUGCACCAUUAUCUGAGAUGGAAAUGGAAGGUGUAAUGUCCUUGAUGAAGAAAGCCAAUACGACUAUAAAGGAAGAUGAUAAUGAUAAUGAAUCUGUAAUCAAUGGUACAAUGGCUAGUUCUCAUUAUGGUGGUAAUGAUACCGAUAUUAAUGUUAAAAAUGGAAGAUCUACUGUUCUACGAGGCAAAAAUCUUGGAUCUGUGAAUAAUUCAUUCAAGAUGCCAUCUUUCACACCAAAAUAUGAUCAUUCUACAAUGACUUUAGAUCGUCAUCACCGUAAAACUACCAAUAAUAGCAAUAAUACAAUGCAACGUAAUAGCUCGUUUGCUUCUACUGCAUCUUCUACAAGACGAGUCUUUGAUUAUAAUAGAUUACCAUCACCAUAUAAGACUGUUGUAUUUAGAUAUAAGAGUAUGAAUGGAGAUGAAACAAAAAGAUCAUUAUUAUCUACUAAUGAGAAAAAGACAAUUAAAAUCGAUAAACCUAAAAAAGGAGUUAGUAAUACAGCUAGUGCAUUACUAUCAUUAUUAGAUGGCAAUCAAAGCGAAUCAAUGGAUAACGAUACUAAUAAUACUUCAUUAGCAAAUCCAUAUUCUACUUUAGUACCACGGAUACGUAAGAAACCUGUACAAAUGCAAGUACCUGUAACAAUUGAACCUACAGAACCAUCGAUUAUUAAUUCAAAGAAGGAAUCAGUUCUUCCAAUUUCAUCUGAAGUGGAAACUAUUGAAAAAACAACGAAACCUGUUACCGACGCACCAAUAGAAUUACCAAAGAGAAAUAAACCAGAACCAAUUGUUAACGUUACCACCACCGCAACCACUAAUAACACAGUUCCAUCUGAACAUCCAUUUAAAUUAUACAAACCUACAAGAUCGUCAUCAUUAAGAUCCAGUGUAGUGGCAGCCAAUGGUAAUAAUUCUACAACAGAAACUAAAGAAUCAUCAUCAUUAUCAUCAACGCAAGCAACAAUUCCAUCAUUUACAUUUAAAAAACCUGAACCACAAAAGGAACUUAAAAAAAUUGAAGUUGAAUUAAACCCAGUUACUGAAAAGGUUCCGUUUACUCCAAGUACAAGUUUACCACAACCAAACAUCUUUAACAACAACACCAACAAUAAUAAUAAUAAGAGUAGUGACACACCUACUGUACCACAAUAUGAAUUUAACAUAAGUUUACCAUCAUCUGAUAUUGAUCCUAGUACAGUUGAUGAAAAACAAGUUGAACAAUUCAAAUCAUUAUUUGCAUUUUAG